AUGUCCAGUUCAGAAGUCCUCGCAUAUGACGCGCAAGCUUAUGCUCAUGCUUAUGCGCAUGCUGCUUACAAUGUGUGGGUUACUCGUAUCUGCCAGCUGUGUCCUUGUAUCAUUUUCUGUUAUGAUUACUUGCUCACGCUCGAUCGAGAGGUUAAGUUCAUAUGGGUCCGUCUUCGUCAAGUAUAUGCAGGAUCUGACUUGCUCAAGACUACUAUCGUAGAGACGGCCGAUGAGAUCGUCCAACGUGUGAGAUUUGGUGGCGGCGCACUCCUAUUUCUCAGUGCUGCAGCAUUUAUGAGCGAAUACACUUCUAGAAAUUUGUACGUUGUAUAUUACGAACAUCAUUAUUGCAUCAGCCGUUCACCCCACCUUAAUGCCAAAACAAUGUCAUUAGCUGUUUUUUUUUCCUCAACAUUCAAGGGUGGCCCAGUUUCUGCGUUCUUUGGGCAGUUCAGCCUCCGAGUGUACGCUCUAUACCGUCGAUCUCGAAAAGUCCUAAUUGCCAUGGCGAUUGGAUUUACGAUAGAGGUUAUAGUCAUGUCUAUCUGUUUGGGAAUAGAUACAAAUGAGCCAAUACCAGGUAUCAGAAUCUGUGCCGUCAUGAAAGCACCGCCUGCGCUUGCGUACGUGUGGCUGCCUGAUAUUGUAUUUGGAACAUUUCUGUUCGUGCUUGCAGCCAGCAUUGGUUUCAAACGCGGUAGAUUUGGCUUCGACAUCUUCCGCAUGGAGAGAAAAGACCUUGUUGAUGCUCUCGUGUAUGGCAACGUCCAUUACUUUUUCUGCAUACUCGUUGCGAACGCUGUGAAUGCGGGAAUCUGGCAAGGGUUAGGGUAUAACUGGUUCGAAGCUCCAGAGGGGUUCGCGGCUGUCAUUGAAAUCAUCCUUGGAUGUCGGAUGGUUCUGGACCUCAAAUCAGCAGUGUCUGAUUCUGAAGGCUUGCAGCUAUUAGACUCAUCCCCAAUCAGAGACUCUUUCGGUGUCAGAGAGGGCCCGUCAACCCUGUAUUCUGCGGUUAGCACCUAUGAUCUCGAGGUGAUGCAAGGUCAACAUCGGCUUACUCAAGAGAUUGAGUUUUCUUCUCCAACUUGCUCUGGAUCUGGGGAAAGCUCUCGCGUUCUCAUGGAGGAAGCAAACAGGUCAUGUAGCAGUCCUCUUCCUACUGUCGUCCACUAGUGUACAGAUGCAUUUUACAAAAGUUUAUCACUCCCCACGAUUAUACCACAUUGAUUGUUCGGUUCAUUUGUAUAUUGUAUGAGCAUCACGUCGAUCCCUUUCCAACUGGGGGGGCAACUGCGA